UAUAAGGUUUAUUAUGACUUUAUUUAAAAAAUGUAGAUUUUAUGUUUAAAUAAGUGGAAGAUAUAGUUUAUUCUUAGAAUCAAUUAGGUGUAAUACGUUUAUUUAAUUAGAAGUCAGUCUACACUCUAGUGUGACUAUCUGUGCUUCUGUGAGACUAUCUUAUUAUAUAUUAGAAUGCCGUUUAGGAUCCAAAGUAAUGGUAGUAAUUAUUCUGUACAUGAGAACCGUUACAUUUUGAUUCGCAAAAACAAUGCACGUCGUAAUAAUCUUAUCGUCGCAAUUACAAAUAUCAUAUGUAAGAGAAAUUGUUGGCGUUUUAGAUUGCGAGAAAAGUUCCUGUAUCGUCAGAUAACACAUAGGUCAUCUACUAAAAAUACAUUCAACCAAAGUUAUUCGGCCAAAUAUCUUCUCAGUCUCUUAACUAUACGAAAUCGCGAAUUUUAUGGACAAAUCUUCGCGCACUUUUCUUAAUGUUGUUUUCCGUUUCCUACAAUAAAUCCGCAUUAAUCGUGUCGCUAGUUGUGCCUGAAAAUCGCAGAGUGUUUGCAAGUCGUUCGCACCUUUACACCUACGAUCGUGAUCUAUUUUUGGUACGACAGAAACUAACGGUGUGGGAGAGCACACAACUUGUGACGACGACGCAAAUAAGUCGCUUAAGAACCGAUCGUCUUUAAAGAUCUAAUUGAUUCCUUAGCAAAAUCUUCCUUAACGCAAUUAUUUAGUUUACGCGAAACACCGAUAAGUAUGUGUUUGAUGUUCUGAUGAUAAGAGACAUGAGUGAGGAAUCACGUGGAUUCUUAUCACGCUGGUGGCGUAUUGUUAUUAUUCGUGGGUAUCCAAAAAAUGAUACGUUAGUAAAAUCGGUGCUCAAACAGCAGCAGCAACAACCAUACGGUGUAAACUUACUGUUAGUAAAACCAGGCUCCACUCUUUUCUCGAAAGUAUUCAACUAUGUGUCCUGUGUCUUGAGCUUUAAGAGAUAUGACUAUCCGAUGGUCACGGAAACGGUUCUGAACGAUGAGAAAUUGAAAGAGGCUAUCAAGCUAACCGCAUUGGAGACGGUCAAUAAUGAGGGUUGCAGCGAGGAAAAAGCUCUUGCGAAAGCGAAAGCUAGGGCGAAGAGCAUAUUGCUGCAAAUGGAGAGCCGAUGUAGCGACACUCUUCUCAAGAUAGUCGCCUGGCUGGUAUACAAACUGUUGCCCCGUUUCAUACAAUCUGCCGUCGUGUUGCCUUCUCAAAUAGAGCUGUUGAAGCAAGCGGACAAUACUGGUCUGCCAAUGAUACUGCUGCCCCUUCACCGCAGCCACUUGGACUACACAAUGAUCAGCUUCCUUAUGGUAGUGAAUAACAUAAGAAAUCCGUUAAUUGCAGCAGGAGACAAUUUAAAAAUUCCAUUUUUUGGAUGGCUUCUGAGAGGUCUAGGUGCCUUUUUCAUUAAACGUCGUAUCGAUCCGGUAGCGGGACGCAAGGAUUUUCUCUACCGCGCGACACUUCAAACGUACAUCAUGGAGAGUCUUCGUGCCGGACAUAACAUAGAAUUCUUCGUGGAAGGUGGCCGCACAAGAACCGGCAAACCUUGCAUGCCCAAGAGCGGUAUCCUGAGCGUCAUCGUCGAUGCGUACAUAGAUGGCACUAUUGAGGACGCGUUUCUGAUACCUGUUGCGAUCAAUUACGAACGACUAGUGGACGGAAAUUUCGUUAGAGAACAACUGGGGCAGCCAAAGAAAAUGGAGACUUUUAUGUCGACGAUCAAAGGCAUGUGGUCAACAUUAAUGGGCCAUUACGGUAUCGUCAAAAUCGACUUCUGUCAACCGUUUUCCCUCAGGGAAAUGGUAAAGGCGUUCCAAACUCAGCAGACUAAAUUAGCUCUAAGAACUUCACCAGAACGACCUUUAAAAUACACUAUGUCUAAUACGUCUCUUUAUGGUACAGAUGUGGUUGUAGAGGAACAACGUCAAUUGAUUGACAGCAUUGCUCGACACGUUGUGUAUGACUCAUGCAAAUCUAUGCCUAUUAUGUCAACAAAUGUUGUUGCGUUUCUAUUAUUAAAUAAGUUCAGAGAUGGUUGUACAUUGGACAAACUUGUUGAAGCUUUCGAUUCAAUAAGGCAGGAAUUGGAGUUUGGUGACAAGAAUGUAGCGUUCUGCGGAGAGACUGUGGAUAUUAUUAAUCAUGCGCUGCAUAUCUUGGGACCGGGUUUGGUGACGCAACAGCGGCAAGAAAUCACUGAAGUCGUUGACAGCGAUCAGUCCUAUAAAUCGAACAUCGUCAUAGCGAUCCGUCCUGUGUCAAUUCUACCGAAUGUGAUCGAGCUGUCGUACUACAGCAACACUAUGUUGCUAUACUAUGUUAUGGACAGUAUAGUAGUAACUGCUUUGUACGCUGAAUUGCAGUCCCAGCUUAACGAUCCGAUCGCGAUCGCUGAAAAUAAUAUUACAGUACUUCAAAAAAAUUUACUUGAGCGAGCGUUCAAGUUGUGCGACAUUCUUAGGUACGAGUUUAUUUUCUGCAGGCCUUGCCAGGACAUGAGAGACAUAAUUAUCGAAACGAUACAAAAUCUUUCGCAUAAGGGUAUUAUUUCACAGAAAGAGGAAGCUUAUCUAGAGAAUGAACUCUGGAGCAAAAGAUAUGCAAAAAAUUUUGAUGACAGCUCGGACGAGGAAUACUCGAGAGAACGGGAAAUCGACAAAAUUGAAUAUAAACUGAGUCUAUUGCCAGAACAUUCUAGUCAUAUGGAAUUUUUACAUACAAUAUUACGUCCAUUAAUUGAUACAUAUACGUGCAGUGCUUUCAAUUUGAGGAAAUUGGUUAACCGAUCGCUUAAUGAACGAGAAUUAGUUCAAGAAGUAUUGAGCGAAAUUAAAACCAAAGUGGACGGAGGUGCAGUUAGUUAUGGAGAAAGCUUGUGCGUCGAUCCGAUAAAGAACUCCCUUAGGCUUUUUGAAAAAUGGGGUGUCUUGGAGUGCCAUAUGCAAGAAAAUGUUAAAAUUUUUUACUUGAAAGAGGAUUGCGAUACGGAUGCGGCAACGAAAAACGUAUACGAUACCAUAGCAGUUUUCAAGUGGGUCAGAAAUAUGGACUAAAAUUUAUGGACUAAAACUUCUCGUUUCAGUUAGAAAGAGUCUUUAAAUCAUUAUUUUUUAUAUCUUUUAUAAAAGGUCUCAUUGACAUAUGUCGGAUAUAUAUUUUUCAAAUUCAUUAUCGGACAUGUUAAGUACAUAUAACUAUAAAUACAUGUAGUAUAUGUACUAUAAUAUUUAAGUACGUGUAGCUUGUAUAUAGCUUCUUUAAUCGGAGAAAGAAAAAAAAUGCAUCGUUACAGUAUAUCACUUGUGAAUGUUCCUAAAAGCACGCGUGAUUCACAUUCACAAUGAAAUACUUAAGUCCUGUUUUAUUAUAUAGAACUGUACAGUUGCAAAAAUUAAAUGAAAUAGCUUUAAGUUGGUUGUAACAUAAAAUCUUUUUACGGACAAAUAAACAGUACUAUUUACCACAGAAAAA